CUUUUGGUAAAGCCUCCAAUUCUUUCAAAUCCUCCAUGAAAUCAUCAUCGUCGUCAUCCAGAUCUAUGAAAUCAUCAUCAUCAACGACAAAGUCAUCAUCUUUCUUCUUCUUAGCCUUAGGUGCUGUGGUUGAUUUUUUUGAUUUAUCAAAGAAUUCUGACUUCUUUGGAGCCGGCGCUGGUUCUGGUGCCUUCUUGGCUUUCUUUGGAUCUUUCACUUCGACAAUGUCAUCAUCUUCAUCAUCUGAGAUUGAGAUAGGUCUAGAUCUUUUAGCAGGAACUGACUUUGCGGGUUUCUAUAAAAGGGAUUAUUAGUAUUGGAUCAAUUGCAACCUAAUUUCAACAUACUUUUGGUGUAGCUUUCGCACUACUUCCUCCACUCUUCUUACCACUAUUCCCAAAGAAGUCUCUGAUGUCCACCAUCUUCAAUUUCUUUGAUGCUUUCAAAUG